AUGCCCCGAUUGCUCCUUUACGUGCUUGUUUUGUUUUUCCUUUUGAAUUUUUGCCCCAAUGUGCCUGCUCAUGCCCUGGCACCCGAAUCGAGUCGAAUUGAGCUGUUUAAGCGUAGGAAUUCGACGGUGCCGUUUGAAGACAAGGGCAAAGUCACCGAGCGGGUUGUCCACUCGUUCCGCCUUCCCGCCCUUGUUAAUGUGGACGGGGUGAUGGUUGCCAUUGCAGACGCUCGCUACACGACAUCCAAUGACAACUCCUUUAUUGAUACGGUAGUGAAGUACAGCGUGGACGAUGGGGAGACGUGGGAGACUCAAAUCGCCAUCAAGAACAGUCGUGUAUCGUCUGUUUCUCGUGUGGUGGAUCCCACAGUGAUUGUGAAGGGCAACAAGCUUUACGUCCUGGUUGGAAGCUACAAUAAAUCGAAAAACUACUGGACUUGGCAGCCUGAUGGAAGCGACUGGGAUAUUCUGCUUGCCGUUGGUGAGGUUACGAAGUCCACUGCAGACGGCAAGACAACUGCGAAUAUCACAUGGGGGAGUCCCGUGUCACUGAAGGAAUUUUUCCCGGCAUACAUGGAAGGAAUACCUACAAAGCAAUUUCUCGGCGGUGCAGGUGUUGCCACUGUGGCGUCCAAUGGGAAUCUUGUGUACCCUGUGCAGGUUACGGACAUGAAAAAACAAAUUUUUUCCAAGAUCUUUUAUUCGGCAGAUGAGGGCAAGACGUGGAAUUUCUCAGAGGGUAGGAGCGAUUUUGGCUGCUCCGAACCUGUGGUUCUUGAGUGGAAAAAUAAAUUCAUCGUAAACACCCGGGUUGACCGGGCGCGCCGUCUGGUGUACAAUUCCGGUGACAUGGAGAGACCGUGGGUGGAGGCUGUCGGCACGCUCUCGCGUGUGUGGGGCCCCUCACCAAAAUCGGACCAGCCCGGCAGUCAGAGCAGCUUCACUGCCGUGACCAUCGAAGGAAUGCGUGUGAUGCUCUUCACACACCCGCUGAAUUUUAAGGGAAAGUGGCUGCGCGACCGACUGAACCUCUGGCUGACGGAUAACCAGCGCAUUUAUAACGUUGGGCAAGUAUCCAUUGGUGAUGAAAAUUCCGCCUACAGCUCCGUCUUGUACAAGGAUGAUAAGCUGUACUGUUUGCAUGAGAUCAACACUAACGAGGUGUACAGCCUUGUUUUUGCGCGCCUGGUUGGCGAGCUAAUGAUUAUUAAAUCCGUGCUGCAGUCCUGGAAGAAUUGGGACAGCCACCUGUCCAGCAUUUGCACCCCUGCUGAUCCCGCCACUUUGUCGUCAGAGCGUGUUUGUGGUCCCGCUGUCACUACGGUUGGUCUUGCUGGCUUUUUGUCCGACAAUGCCACCCAAAACGUAUGGGAGGAUGCGUACCGCUGCGUCAACGCAAGCACGGCAAAUGCGGAGAAGGUUCCGAACGGCUUUAAGUUUGCGGGGGUUGGCGGAGGAGCACUUUGGCCGGUGAGCCAGCAGGGGCAGAAUCAACGGUAUCACUUUGCAAACUACGAGUUUACGCUGGUGGCGUCGGUGACGAUUCACGAGGUUCCGAGGGACGCGACUCCUUUGCUGGGUGUGAGCCUGGACUCUUCUGGCGGCGAAAAGCUCCUGGGGCUCUCGUACGAAGAGAAGCACCAAUGGCAGCCGAUAUACGGAU